UGUGUCACAAUUAGCGUCUCAUGACGGGCACACGAUCAUCUAGCAUCGCUGCUGGGAAUUCGCUCUGUCUCAAAAACCGCUUAGCAUACCCUCAGCCGCCACUUCUGUGGACACCAUAGAGAAGAGGACCGUCGUUAGGGAUCCCUUCAAGGCAAGGGACCAACGUCAGUCAGAUUCCGGCGCUUCCGCGACUUCCUGUGGAGCACUAUGUGAGGACUUCGCCGUGCGACUGUAACGGGCAACGCACCAGCCAUCCUCCUUGUCAUCAAAGGUUUCCUUUCUUCCCGUCUUCAUGCUGGGUCUGGAUCUCAGUGGUUCUCCCAUUUUGCCUGAGUAGGGGUUCAGAGGAACGCUGGGAAGAGAAUAAUAAAAUGAAGAACCACAGAACCUUCAUGGUGACUCACCUUCCCUUUCCAGCAAGAUCACACUUAUUAUAAAACCUUCUGUGUAUCCGGCCUGGACCAAAGAUGGAUCCUCACAAUGCUGACCCACUUUACUAGUUUCGGGCUGCACCAGUCCCUCCAGGUUGCGAGCUGCACCCACCCGGAGUGUACGCCUCACAACCUGUCUGCUUUCCCAUCCUCCCUGCACCCACUGCGCUGCGCACUGCCAGCUGCCCCCGGGCACCGGGGCUUUUGGGGCAUGGAAAUCCUCACCAUUGGUGUGAUCAUUGUCUUAUUUGUGGUGGUGUUCAAACAACUGUGCAUCUUGGACCCUUUGCCUAUAGAAGACGGUAGCGAGAUUGACUUUGAGCUGUCUGCUGCACGCUAUCAACCGCAGGGCCUGGACAAGCUGGCAGCCCAGACCAAGUUCAGCAGGAAGGAGCUUCAGUCGCUCUACAGGGGCUUCAAGAAUGAGUGUCCCAGUGGUCUUGUGGAUGAAGAGACAUUCAAGACCAUCUAUUCUCACUUUUUUCCUCAAGGAGAUUCCUCCAAGUAUGCACACUUCCUGUUUAACGCCUUUGACUUAGACAGGAGCGGAUCUAUCCGAUUUGAGGAUUUCGUGCUCGGACUCUCCUUGCUGCUCAGGGGCUCUGUGACCGAGAAGCUGCACUGGGCUUUCAACCUCUACGACAUCAACAAGGAUGGAUAUAUUACCAAAGAGGAGAUGCUGGCCAUCAUGAAAUCCAUCUACGAUAUGAUGGGUCAGUACACUUCCCCGAGGCUGCGGGAUGACGCCCCAGUGGAGCACGUGGAGAAGUUCUUCCAGAAAAUGGACAGGAACCGGGAUGGCGUAGUCACCAUCGAGGAGUUCAUGGAGACCUGCCGAAAGGAUGAGAACAUCAUGAAUUCCAUGCAACUGUUUGAAAAUGUUAUCUAGGAGGAACCCGCCAUGCUACUUGGCCGUAAUCUGCCGCACCGUUCCUGCAUUCUCAACACCGACAGAACACCCCCCCCCCCCCCUCCCCACCCCUGUGCUUUGUGAAGGCCGCAAAGUGAGCCUGGGAAACGCAGCAGAUAUGUUCUCUGCAUAACAAGAGGAGGUCUACAUGUGUGUCAAGCUGCUACCUUAUGGGAGUUUCUGUCUUGAGGAAAAAUAAGAUAAGGGGUAGAUGCUUAGAAGAAAACUACUGAAGAAAAUUAUCAGUUUUUCUUUGCUACCGAUUUCAUUUUUGAAGAGUGGAAUAUGACAGCAAAACGCAGUGUCAUCAGGUCUGUGGUCUGUGGUUAGCUGCAGGCUUGGGGCCUACCACGUCUGUGCAUCCUCCCACUUUCCUGACCAUUCCAGCUCAGUAGGGGAUCAUCUGGAUUGGGAUAAUAAUACUCAUGGCUUUAGCCAGUUAGGGUCACAGGGUUACUAUAUAAGUUGGUGGGUCAUACUUCAGGUGACAAUUUGAAGGGAAAAAAGAAGGACUGACGAUCACUAUACUGAACAAGAAAAUGGGUAUGCUCAUUUAAAGUAUGCUAUUUAAGGUUUUUUUUGAGAAAGGCAUAUUACAAACCUUGCAUUUGCUCUGAAUUAUACUGAAUACCUUAAAUAACAAUGUCGCAUUUACUCUACAGUUAUAGAGAUCAAUCACAUAUGAUUUUGCAAGGAACACAGGUGGGCACCUGAGCCAGAAUAGGGUUCAAUAAUAAUCUCUGUUCUCUGUAGCUAACUUGAGACAUAUCUCAGUUGGGAUAAAUAUUGUUUUAUCCAGAGUCUUAAAAUCUGUAAUAAAUGACCUGUAACGGAAAUUUAUAAAUAAUAUGAAGACGUAAGACAGAAAACCUCCUAAACAAAUAAAAUGACAAAGU